AUGAAUAUUUCAAUCAAGGAUAGCCUAGAACACGUUUGUAGAGUGUUCAAUUUUUUUGGCAUAGAUUACAUAACAGCAGAUUUGCUUAGAAGAGGAAAGUGCGAGAAAAAUGGAAAGAGGAAAAAGAAGGUAAUGAUUUGUUAUAACUUCCUCAUAAAUGACCUGUCCCUACUGUACUGUUUCGACUUUAAGAGGAGGUUCAAACCGACCUACAGCGCAUACGUAGAGAAGGAGAUUUCUAGGGUGGAACAGGAAAUAUUCUCCCGGGGGAAGGAUGCUUCUGGGUGUACUACACCGGGUAGAACCCCCUCAGGUGCAAAGGGUUCACGUGGCACUGGCGACGUGGGAAAUACUCCCUGGGGAGAAGAAUGCACCUACCGUAGUGAUGCAGACGAAACGGAUGAUGAUGGUGGAAACGGAGGAGACAACUUCGUGGAAGAACUAGGAAUGGAUAAUGCUCCUUAUGUGGAUGGAGUGAAUAUAGUGUCCCCCAUGGCGCUGCUUCUUCUUGAGCAUUUUGAAUACCCACGGUUGUUUCACCUGAUUAAGUGCCAUUUUCAAAUGUGUAAGGAGCUGCUCCUAUGCAUCGGGUUCCUAAUUGACUGCACCCAUUUAUUUGAGCACUAUGAUAAGAGGCAGCCAUUUUAUGAGUCCUUCUUUCGGGACCUCAGAUGUGCUACCAACCCAGGGGGAGGUCGGAGUACCACUACCCGACAGAGAACAAACCAGAUGCAGGAAAAGACGCAGGAGAAGACAAACGAAGAGGAGGAAGAUUACUUUCAUGUGAUAAAUGAAGCCAUGCUGCUGCUUUCGAAUCGACCCUACGAUUUGGAACUUUUCCAGUAUAGACACAUGUACCAGUUUUUGAAUGAGCAAAAAGGUAGAACCCGUGGAGGAGGUAACAGACACAUGAAGGGAACUGAACCUAGCGAAAGUGAAUAUUUAAAAAAGAAGGGUACCAUGUUGAGUGCAAAACGGGGGAGUGAUCCCUUCAGUGAGAGGAAAAGCAUAACUACGAAGGUGCAUGACGGUUGUGUCGACCCCAACGGGUGGAGUUCACCCAACGGGGAUGCAACCCACGCGGAAGAGGAGCUAACUCUAGAGGAAUACGUAACCUACGACUACGCAACAUACCAAGAAAAUUUCAUCAGUAGAUAUGGGCGCAGUUCCGAAAGGUUGGAAGAUCUAACGGAGGGGGCUUCAACAGGAAGUGCUUCCAACCGAAGCAGUCGAAGUGAGGACUUGCGCAUGGUUACCGAUGAAGGUAACCAGAUGUAUGUCCCUGAGCUGACACGAAACGUUAACAAACAUUGCAGUCAGUUGAUACAACUGCAGAGGAAAAUAACUCAGAGAAUAAACCAUAUGCACCACUUGGACAGGAACAGACUCCUCCUAUUUCACAAAUUCAACACACUGGUGAGUGCCUACAUGGAGCCACACAAUGCCGUCGUUAACAUUGCAGAGUUAGAUGAACUAAGUAAUUCUAUUGAAGGGAAGAGGUGCCCCGAUAGGACAAGAGCAACAGGCAGUAAAAACAAAAAAGUGGACCUCAUGCAUAAUACUAUGUUUACCGUGCAAGUCGAUUUUGAAAGGGACAGAGAAAAUGUGGAAAAUAAAUUAUGCGGACGUGAAGGGAGAGUCAACAAAGCGAGUGCAUUUCCUAGUAAGGGACAUAACUCUGCAGGUGGAGGGGGGGCGUCUCCCCAUCGUGGUGGACCCCCCGUAAAUCACAGCAACAAUGUAGAGGAAGAACAACUGGACGAUAUAAACUACGAACAUGUGCUGAACGAUAAAGUAACCAUUAAUGAGUUUUUCCUACUGAAUGAUCCGCCACUGUAUAAUAGAGUCUGCCACGUGUAUAGGAAUGGGGUGAACCUUUUCCACGUCGAACAACUACGGGCUGUGUUUUGGUUGUGGCUUCAGUCAAUCUUUCCGGACGAUGCUACGGGGGAGGAAGAGGCGGACAACGAGGAUGCAUCUGCCCCCGUCGACCUUUUUGACCUGAAUAACCACAAGUUCUUUUACGACAACGUAGUCAUGCCUGCCGAGGAGGAGAACCUUUCCAUCCACGUGUUAAGUGACCUGAACAAUUUCGAACAGAACUUCAAACUGCUAAAGGAGUACCUCCUGGACAAGGGGUGCACCAUCGGGUACAACAAAGUGACGGCCAAGGCGGGGGGGAAACCAUCGGACCAUACAACAAAACUGAGCAGUAUGAUAAAAUACGUGAACAACCUACAUGAGGAAUUCGUUGCCUACUGCAACUAUAAGAAGAAGGCAAAGGAUGUGAGCGAUGAAAUGUUCGUGGAUUUUCUCGAGACAAAGAAAAAAAGUAUGACCAUCAGUUCGAGUGUUGAGAAGGAGGACUACACCAACCUGGCCAGCAUCGUCAACAGGCACCUUAUCGGUAUAGAUAAGAUUCUAAGGUAUAAUCCCAUUUUAAAUUUCUCCAAUGUGGUCGAAGGGAUUAAAAGUCAGAGUUUCAUUCGGACGGAAGUGGAUGUCUCCAGGGUGGACUCCCAAGAUUGGGACAACAUGUACUCCUUCCAUAGAAGAAAACGUGGGGGGUCCAGUCCCCCCGGAGAGGUCACCACUAGUAGGACUGAGCACCUUCCGCCCAAUCAUGUAAUAAACUUCACCACCAACUCAAAGUAUCAAAUAAAUACAAAACCGAAGACGUACGCGUCGACCAUUUUUAGUUACUCCGAUCAGUUCAUAUCGAACAACGACAUUUAUUCCUUCUCCGAAAAUGUUACCAAAUCGGGGGAGGAGUUUGCUGCUUUUGUGAAGGGGAAGAGGGACAAGUGCAGACACAACUUUCAUCACGUCUUGCGCAAGGUGGAGCGCUACAUGAGUUGCGUCGCCUACAACCUGUAG